UUUGAGUGUGUGUGCGCGUGUCUCUGCCUGCAGCCUGAGAGUCGCACCGAGCAAACAGCGGCUUUUGUGCGUCUGAUGCACCGCGCUCGACGCACCUGUGAGGAGAUAAACCCGCCCGGUACCGCCCGGUGCUCCCGCCCCGCCGCUCCACAGCCGCCCCGCCGAACCGGAGACCCCGCUGCUGUUACAGGAACCUGGAUUUAAAAACUGCGGCUCCGUGGACUUUACGGCUGGAUUUUAGCAGUUGGAUACUGUUGCUGGUGUGUUUGAUCAGUGAUGGAACUGAGAGAGGCCAGCCGAUCCCUUGUCAGCUCCAUUUCCCAGCAGACAAAAUGAAGGAGGACGUUCCACUCUCCCUGAUAUCCAGAGAAGUCCAUUCCAUCAGACCUCGCUCUACAAGUCUUGAUUUCAUGUGUUCUAAAGCAUAGAAAGGCAUCUUAAAGCAUCCCCUCCUGCUGCGGUUAGCCCUCUUUAACCCCACAGAGGAAAACAAGGAUUCCUUCAAACCAUCACUGCCCUGCAGCUACUGGACUAAUUAUUGUGAUUUACCUUAAGACUGUUAAACGCAACGACUGUUCUCCCACUGUUGCCCUUUUCCCUUUUAAAACAUAUUUUUAUAUGAAAUAUUUAUCUGAAUAUAUCUGUACACUUAUUGUGGAUAAAACUGUGGAACUCUGAAGUUCAGUCUAAGCACCCUAAGAGUUCAUUGUGAUUGAAUCCCCUCAGACACUUUCUUGGAGUAAAUACAUAUUUGCAGCUAUGGAUCUUGUAGGUUUUUCUAUCAGGCUGCAAGUGUUCCUCAGCACAUGUCUGGGAUUGGAGUUUUUAGGAACACCAGGUCAGUGGGCACGCUACCUCCGCUGGGACGCCAGCACCCGCGGUGACCUCAGCUUCCAGUUUAAGACAGAGGCCUCAGAGGCGCUGCUGCUGUACUUCGAUGAUGGAGGUUACUGUGACUUUCUGCAGCUCUCGGUGGUGGAGGGAUGGCUGCAGCUGUGCUUCAGCAUCGACUGUGCUGAGACCACCAUCGUGUCUGACAGACGAGUAGACGAUGGUAGCUGGCAUGUUGCCACCCUGAGCAGGUAUAACCUGCGCACGGUGCUGGUGCUGGACGGCCAGGCCAAAGCAGAUGAAGUGCAGCCUCAGCGUCAGUUCAUGAAAAUAGUGAGCGACCUGUUCCUGGGUGGAGUACCUCAGGACAUCCGCAGCGGUGCCCUUACGCUGCCGACAGUGCGAAACAUGCAGCCCUUCAGGGGAACAAUUACAGACCUCAAAUAUGGCAUCUCACAGCCCCUGUUCCUGGGAAGCCUUAAGGUGCCCCUGGAGUCCGAGGGGUGGUGCACCGUGAACCCAUGUGAGAAUGGAGGGACAUGCACUGUGGUGGACGGAGAGCCGGUCUGUGACUGCUCCAAGACUGAAUACAAGGGCCGCUUCUGCAGUGAAGAGGUCAACAACAAUAUGCCAGGCCUUGCACAUAUGAUGGCAGAACAAGCUAAAAGCAAAGGUACAGCUUUUUCGCAGUCUUUCUAUUUCCGCCUGUAUGAAAAGCGACGCUUGCUCUCACGAGAAGAGAACGUGGCCACUUUCCGAGGCUCGGAAUACUUCUGCUACGAUCUGUCCCAGAACCCCAUCCAGAGCAGCAGCGAUGAGAUUACACUUUCCUUUAAGACGUGGCAGCGCAACGGCCUCAUCCUGCACACCGGCAAGUCAGCUGACUACGUCAACCUGGCCCUGAAGGAUGGAGCCGUCUCCCUGGUCAUCAACCUGGGCUCUGGGGCCUUUGAAGCCAUCGUGGAGCCAGUCAAUGGGAAAUUCAACGACAACGCGUGGCAUGAUGUUAAAGUGACCCGCAACCUUCGGCAGGUGACAAUAUCAGUCGAUGGGAUUCUGACCACCACAGGAUACACCCAGGAAGACUACACUAUGCUGGGCUCUGAUGACUUCUUCUAUGUGGGUGGAAGUCCCAGCACAGCAGACCUGCCCGGAUCUCCAGUCAGCAAUAACUUCAUGGGCUGUCUCAAGGAGGUGGUGUAUAAGAACAACGACAUCCGCCUGGAGUUGUCCCGUCUGGCUCGAAUCGUGGACCCUAAGAUGAAGAUCCAGGGUGAGGUGUUCUACAAGUGUGAGAACGUGGCAACCCUUGACCCGAUAUCUUUUGAGACCCCCGAGGCCUACAUCAGCCUCCCCAAGUGGAACACCAAGAGGAUGGGAUCCAUCUCUUUUGAUUUCCGCACGACUGAACCCAACGGCCUCAUCCUGUUCACCCAUGGCAAACCCCAGGAACGUAAAGAUGCUGCCCGCAGCCAGAAGAACACCAAGGUGGAUUUCUUUGCUGUAGAACUGUUGGAUGGCAGCUUGUACCUGCUGCUGGACAUGGGCUCAGGGACCAUCAAGGUGAAGGCCACUCAGACGAAGGUGAACGAUGGGGCCUGGUAUCACGUGGACAUCCAAAGAGACGGACGCUCAGGCACCAUCUCUGUAAACAGCAGAAGGACUCCAUUCACAGCCAGUGGUGAGAGUGAGAUCCUGGACCUGGAGGGUGACAUGUACUUGGGGGGGCUUCCAACGGACCGCACCAACCUCAUCCUGCCCACAGAACUCUGGACAGCAAUGCUCAACUACGGCUACGUGGGCUGUAUCCGUGACCUUUUCAUUGACGGUCGAAGCAAGGACAUCCGUCAGAUUGCUGAAGCACAAAAUGGUGCCGGCAUCAAACCGUCGUGCAACAAACAACAAGGCAAGCAGUGUGAGAGCUACCCAUGCAAGAACCGAGGUAUCUGCAAAGAAGGCUGGAAUCGAUUCAUCUGCGACUGCACCGGCACUGGCUACUGGUCACGCACCUGUGAGCGAGAGGCUUCCAUCCUCUCCUACGACGGCAGCAUGUACAUGAAGGUGGUGAUGCCGACCAUCAUGCACACCGAGGCGGAGGACGUCUCCCUGCGGUUUCGCUCCCAGCGGGCUUACGGCCUCCUCAUGGCCACCACCUCCAGAGACUCAGCUGACACCCUCCGGCUGGAGCUGGACGGGGGUCGCGUCAAACUCACGGUCAACCUAGACUGUAUCAGGAUAAACUGUAACUCCAGCAAGGGACCGGAGACCCUGUAUGCCGGGCAAAAGCUCAAUGAUAAUGAAUGGCAUACAGUGCGUGUGGUGCGCCGCGGCAAAACCUACAAGCUAACGGUUGACGAUGAUGUAGCAGAAGGCCAAAUGGUGGGUGACCACACUCGUCUGGAGUUCCACAACAUUGAGACAGGCAUCAUGACGGAGCGCCGCUUUGUUUCCAGCAUCCCGUCCAGCUUCAUCGGACAUCUGCAGAGCCUUAGAUUUAACGGCAUGCUCUACAUUGACCUGUGCAAGAACGGUGAUAUCGAUUAUUGUGAGCUAAAUGCUCGCUUUGGGAUUCGUUCCAUUAUCGCCGACCCUGUUACCUUUAAAUCCAAGAGCAGCUACCUGAGCCUGGCCACGCUACAGGCCUACACAUCCAUGCACCUCUUCUUCCAGUUCAAGACCACCUCCCCAGACGGCUUCAUACUCUUCAACUCUGGAGACGGCAAUGAUUUUAUCGCCGUGGAACUGGUUAAAGGAUACAUCCACUAUGUCUUUGACCUUGGAAAUGGGCCCAACCUCAUCAAGGGGAAAAGUGAACGGGCACUAAAUGACAACCAGUGGCACAAUGUGGCCAUCACUCGAGACAACAGCAACACCCACACACUGAAAGUAGACGCUAUAGCCACCAGCCAGAGCAUCAACGGGGCCAAGAACCUGGACCUGAAAGGUGAUCUGUUCAUCGCAGGACUUGGUCCAGGCAUGUACGGCAACCUGCCUAAACUGGUGGCUUCCAGAGAAGGCUUCCAGGGCUGCUUGGCGUCAGUGGACCUCAACGGUCGCCUGCCGGAUCUCCUCAAUGACGCCUUGUUUCGCAGCGGGCAGAUUGAGCGUGGAUGUGAAGGUCCCAGCACCACCUGUCAGGAGGACUCCUGUGCCAACAUGGGUAUCUGCAUCCAGCAGUGGGAGAACUACACCUGCGACUGCUCCAUGACCUCCUACACCGGCACACAGUGCAACGACCCUGGGACGACGUACAUCUUUGGCAAAGGAGGAGGCCUCAUUACAUUCAAGUGGCCGGCCAAUGAGAGGCCGAGCACCAGGACGGACAGACUGACCGUGGGCUUCAGCACCUCCCUGAAGGACGGCAUCCUGGUCCGGAUCGACAGCGCCCCUGGUCUAGGGGACUACCUCAUGCUGCACAUACAACAAGGAAAGAUUGGAGUGACGUUCAACAUCGGCACCGUGGACAUCGGUGUGCAGGAGAGCAGCACCCCAGUGAAUGAUGGGAAGUAUCACGUUGUCCGUUUCACCAGGAACGGUGGCAACGCCACGCUGCAGGUGGAUAACUGGUCCAUCAACGAGCAUUUCCCAACAGGGAACAGCGACAUUGAACGCUAUCAAAUGGCCAAUAAGAAAAUUCCUUUCAAAUAUACCAGACCAGUAGAAGAAUGGCUACAAGAGAAAGGACGGCAGCUAACAAUUUUCAACACUCAAGCAACAGUCGCAAUUGGUGGUAGCGAUCGCAGCAGACCCUUUCAGGGUCAACUGUCGGGCCUUUAUUACAAUGGCCUUAAGGUGUUGAACAUGGCCGCUGAGGGCAACCCUAACAUCAAGAUUAAUGGCAGUGUGAGGUUGGUAGGUGAUGUGCCCAGUGUGGCAGGUUCAGCUAGGACCACAGCCAUGCCUCCAGAGAUGUCUACCACCUUCAUAGAAACCACCACCAUGAUGUCCACCACCACCACACGGAAACACAGAUCCUCCUCAACUGUACAGCAUACGGGAGAUGACAUGGGGUCAUCUGCAGAGUGUUCGAGCGAUGACGAAGACCUGGAGGAGUGUGAAAGCCAAGCAGGUGGGCUAGCACUCCCCACAGAGCCAGGCGUCAGGCGAGUUCCAGGGCCCUCGGAAGUGGUCCGUGAAUCUAGCAGCACCACCGGGAUGGUCAUCGGAAUAGUGGCGGCCGCUGCCCUGUGCAUCCUCAUCCUUCUGUAUGCCAUGUAUAAGUACAGGAACAGGGAUGAAGGCUCCUACCAGGUGGACGAGAGCAGGAACUACAUAACCAACUCAGCUGUGCAGAGCAAUGGCGCUGUCAUGAAGGACAAACAGCAGAGCUUGAAAGGCAGCAACAAGAGACAGAAAAAUAAGGAUAAGGAGUAUUAUGUGUGACUGUGAGACUUUCGUGAACACGUGAGAGUAAAGAAAGAAAGAAAGCACUAAGAGACCAUUUACCUACCAGUUUCCUUGUGAGGAGCUAUGACAAAUGAUGGUAUAACAUGGAACUUGAAUAAUCUUAUACUGUGCUGAGUAGUUGAACUGAUGAUAUGUACUGUAACAUAAAGCACACUUACUAUUAAGCAUACGCUUAAUGACAAGGUUAAAUAGCAACUUUAGAGACCUUACUCUUCUAUCUGGUCAGAGACAUUAUCAGUAUAGAAAUAUUUCACAGCAUCAUUCUCCUAAGUGACUUUUAGAGCUCUGUGAUCCUUGGCAUUAAACAAUUUUUUUGUGAAAUUGUUAAUUACAAAAGGCUCAUAAUCUUCUACAUUUUCAGCAUGUAAGCAACAUGUAGUGCUUAACAAGAGGGGUCAGGCACACAAUCAUUGUAAAAGUAAAAAGGACUCUUGUAUCAAAAUAUUACAAAUUUUUAUGGUUUAUAAAUAAUAUAAGUGUGGUGUAUUUUUGCUUUAAGCAAAAGAAAAAAAUGACAAAAAGAACAGCAAGAAAAGAAAACUAUUUCUGUGUAUAAAAUGAAACCAAGUGAGCAAAUUGCCACAGGCAGAUCUUAUAGCAUCGGUUUGCUCUGGCAUCUAAUUCACCACAAUAAUCCUCAUUGUCUGACAGGCACAGGUCUUGUUUUGUGGAAAGAAUUUGCUGGUUCUCUUGGUAUGAAGCGACUGAUUGUAAAAUGCAUGCCAUCCUAAUUCUACAGUAAAGUCCAGUAUAGUAAAAGUCCAGUAUACAGUGUUCAACUUGGACCAUGUUCUCUUCAAUGCAAAAACAGUUGUCAUCAAAUCAGGACUUCCCCUCUUCUGAAACCCCUCAAAAGUGUUAAAUAUGGGAAAAAAAGACAACUAUCUCCUAAAGAAAAGGUCUAUUAUUGAUGCACAGACAGUGGUGGUUUUAUCUUUUGCAAAACUGUAUGUUGGUUCAUUGCCUAUCAUUCUCUUUUCUAUGGAGGUGUCAGGAAGAAGACAAAUGCAGUACUACAACACUGUUAAUGUGUAUACAGAAAUAAAUCAAAUGUUGAAAGUGUGAAUUCUAUCUGCUGUCACAGUCAACUGUGUCAAAAAAUAAGAAAUUUGUUUACAUAUUUUAUUACAUGCUAUCUGUUGUACUUUGUAGGUAGUAAAUUGUACAUAUACCAUGACAGUUGUAAUUUUUAGUACCUCUAUUGUACAGACUGAACAUAUGGUUUAUCAACAGAGUUCAUGACAAAAUCUAUUAACUGUUACUUUACAUGGAGAAAGACUUUAAACAGAAUGUGGAGAAUCAUAUUGAUAUUCAUAAAGAAUAAAAAUGUAUUGUUAGCCUAGAGAUCUAAACGGAGAUGUUUCUAAAGUUGCAUGAAUAUUUAACUACUUGCAGUUGUCCAACAAAUACAAGGUGCCCUUCCUUCUGUA